CCACGAAAAGAAAAUCUCUAACCUGAGUCAGGUUAUUAACGUUUAAAACCAAUAAUAAUACUCUUGUUUUGUUUUAUCAUACCAGUGAUCUACGUUGAACAUGUCUGACUGGGAUACAGUUACAAUUCUUCGCAAGAAACCACCAAAAGCUUCUGCUUUAAAAACUGAACAAGCUGUAAAUGCAGCGCGGCGACAAGGUAUUCCGGUUGAUACGCAACAAAAAUAUGGGGCUGGAACUAAUAAACAACAUGUUACUACUAAAAAUACAGCUAAACUAGACAGAGAAACAGAAGAAUUACGCCAUGAAAAAAUACCACUUGAUCUGGGGAAACUUAUAAUGCAAGGCAGACAAGCUAAAGGAAUGAGUCAAAAAGACCUCGCCACUAAAAUUUGUGAAAAACCACAGAUUGUAAAUGAUUAUGAAGCUGGUCGUGGCAUUCCAAAUAACAUUGUUCUUGGAAAAAUUGAAAGGGCAAUUGGAAUAAAACUUCGUGGAAAAGAAAGAGGCCAACCACUGCAGCCUCCUGGCGGACAGAAAUAACGGAAUUCCCUGGGAGGCGAAGACUUUACUCCGAUUCAUUUAUUGCAUAAUAAAAAUUCACCUCAUUUUAGCUGUUGCAUGUACUCUUAUUAAUUGGUUAUGAAAUAUGAUGUAAGCAUUUAUUUUGUUUUGUCUAGAAAUUUCUGUCAGACUGAUGUUACCACCAUUGAAAAUGAACUGUAAAUUAUUUCAAAAUAAGUGGCAAUGAGCGUAAAUACUUGUAAUGUGAUAUGUAAUAAAAUAGCAGUUCAAUGUAAAAUUAAACUUUCAGUCUUAAAGUUUUUUGU